AUGACCAUCACAAACCGCCAACUCAUCUACGUCAAGGCCCCAACGGCAGCCAUCGACCCAUCCGUGACGACGGGCACCUUCAACCUCAAGAGCACCACGAUCGCCUCCAAAGACAAUGUCCCCGACGACAAAGUCCUCGUACGCAUCCACUACCUGGCCCUUGAGCCCGCCAUGCGCCAAUGGCUUACAGCCAAACGGUCGUACAUCGCGCCCGUUAAAAUCGGCAGUAUCAUGCGUGGCCAAAGCAUCGCCCAGGUCCUCUCCGUGGGCAGCAGCCUGAAAUCUCAAUACAAAGUUGGUGACUGGGUGAUUGCCUACUCGGGAUGGCAGGAAUACGCAUUCCUGGGCGCCAAAGAGGCGCAAAAGAUCUCCGUGCCUGCGGGCUGCAAGCCCACGGACGCGAUGUCCGUGCUGGGCAUGACUGGCCUGACGGCGUACUUCGGCAUGAUGGAUGUGGGCAAGCCGAAGGCAGGAGAUACGGUGGUGGUGUCUGGGGCAGCGGGAGCAACGGGGAUGGUGGCGGGCCAGAUUGCGAAGAUUCAAGGAGCAAAGAGGGUGAUUGGGAUUGCGGGAAGUAAGGACAAGUGUGAGUUCUUGUGUCGGGAGUUGGGAUUUGAUGUGGCGAUCAAUUAUAAGGAUGAGGAUUGGAAGAAGCAGCUCAAGGAGGCGACGCCGGAGUAUAUCGAUGUUUACUUUGAUAAUGUGGGCGGGGAGAUUCUGGAUGCGUGUUUGGGGCGGGCGGCGCAGUUUGCCAGGUUUGUCAUUUGUGGUGCGAUUAGCCAGUAUAAUGUUGCGAAGCCGAAGGGGCCGGCAAAUAUCAUGCAGGUUAUUUCGCAACGAGUCAAAAUGCAGGGCUACAUCGUGUUCGACUACGCGAAGCAGUACCCGGAUGCGUUGCAGGAUUUGGCCAAGUGGUUAACGCAGGGCAAGAUCAAGCGCAAGGAGCACAUUGUCAAAGGGGGGUUGGAGUCGGCGCCGCAAAGUCUGGUAGAUUUGUAUAAGGGAGUGAAUACGGGCAAGAUGAUGGUGGAGGUGGUGCCGGCAGAGGAGGGAAUCAAGGCCAAGUUGUAA